AUGGAAACACCAGCUAAAGACAUCCCGAAAGGCUGGACGAACAACCCCCGGCUCUUCGAAGGGUUUUUCGACUAUGACUCUGCGGAAGCCCACCUGGCCCGACGCCAUGGGAUAAAUGAUCCUAAGCCUCUGUUGAUGACGAGCCCUGAUACUGGGGACAUGGGAUACAUAAUCACGUCGGGUGGCCGCUUUUACUGGGGUGAUCUGAUGGUUGAUCACAUCGCUGAGAUCACCAAGCCCAGGACCUGGCCGGAGAUUUUGCGCGCUCUUGCCACGAAGGGGGAGAGAGGAUUGAGGAUGAAGGUGCUCCGGCCCGUGGUUGUAGAUGAGGAGCCCUGGGAGGAGGAGGAAAUGAUAGUUGAAGGGCAAGGCCCGUCUGUUGUUUCCAGUUCAGACGUUCCUUCCACUUCGGAGAAGGGUAAAACCGAAGAAGAGGCAGCGAAGGUGCAUGGGUUGGCCCUGUGGAGCCGCUACGUACACAUUGCUCCUGCCUACGACGAUCGACUGUCUGGGAGGAUCUGGGAGAGCCUCUGGGACCCCUGUGACAAUUGCCAAGUCCUCAUCAGCAUCAACAAGGGCAAUAUUCUCAACUUUGGCCGAUUGACCGGAAGUGUGGGAGCCCCGCCUUGA